AGCCAAUGAGCGCCCCGCGGCGGCGGCUGUGUGCCUUCGAGCUCUGGCGGGCUCGGAGAAGAGGCCUCUUUCUCUCCCCGGGGGCGAUGGCGGCGGCCGGGCAGCUAAGCGCGGUGCCCGAGGUGGAGAUCGACCCGGACGGCACCUUCAAGUACAUCCUCGUGCGAGUGCAGGGCGAGGCCGGCGGCCAGCACCGCGAUCUCGUCAGGGGCGCCGCCGCCGCCGAGUUCCACAAUCACAUAUUUGAAAAAAUAAAUCCUGAAAUGGAGAAACUAGGGUUUGUAUGCAAGUGCCUUGGAGGAGGAAAAAUUGAGCAUAAUAGUAAAGAAAAGAAAAUCCGUGUAUUUGGUCUUUCUACAGGAUAUGGAAAAGCUGAUCACGCUGUGACAGUGGAACUACUGAAGAGAACCUAUAAGGACUAUGAAAUUAGUUGGUCAGAUGACAAGAAGUGAAUCGCUGCUACGGUGUAUUUUGAACUAUGAUGUCAGUCCGUUUUCAGCAUAGCGUGGACUUACAUCACAAAGUACAAUCGAGCAAAUUUCAUUUUUGCUGAAUAAAAAAACUUGAAUGUAAA